AUGAGGGCCCCCCGUCUAUCUGUUGGGGGUUUAGAGGCCCUAGCUGAGGUUGUUGCUGCUGUUUUGGGGGUUUCUUCUCCCCGCUUUGCUUUUGCUGAUGCUUUUGCUGCUGCUCUCAUUGAGCUGCUGCAGCAGAGCGAGGCUUGUCUAGUCACACACGCUAUCGCAGUUCUUCGUCGUUUGCUGCACUCCGGCAGCGCCCCGCUGCUGCACUCAUCAGCAGCAGCGUUGGUGCUUGCUGUGCAGCCCCCAGCAGCAGCAGCAGCAGCAACAGCAGCAGCAGCAGCAGCAGCAGCAGAUGCUGAUGCUGAUGCAGAUAUACAGCAGCAGCAGCAGCAGCAGCAGCAGCAACUGCGGCAGCUGCUGACGUCCCCUGAAAAACGCCCAGAAGCAGACAAACUCCAGGCCUUAAUGCCACAGCUGGUGCUGCGAGCUAGCCGUCUAUGCUUGGAGGAGCCGCUGGGUGUGAGGGCGCAGCAAGCAGCAGCAGGUUUGCUGCUGGAGGCAGCAGCAACAUUUCCUGCUGCAGCAGCAGCUCUGCUGCCGCUGCUGCUCGGUGCAGCAGAAGUGCUGCUGCAUGCAGCAGCAGCAAGAGAGGGGGGGCUGCGGCUUGCUUCUACCUGUCUAAUUAUAUACAAUGCCAACCUGCAGCAGCAGCAGCAGCAGCAGCAGCAGCAGCAGCAACAGCAGCAGCAGCAGCAAGAAGUGCUGCUGGAUGCAGCAACGAGAGUGCUGCAGUGGUCAAUUGCUGCUGCUGCUGCUGCUGCUGCUGCUGCUGAUUACAGACUCAAAGCAGCAGCACUUUGGAGUGCUGCGAUAUCUGUCAGCGUGCAUGCGGGUGUCUGGAGACCUGCUGCUGCUCCUGCUGCUGCUCCUGCUGCUCCUGCUGCUGCUGCUGCUGCUGUUGCUGCUGAGGUUGUUGAGACCCUCCGCCUCGCAGCAGCAGAAAUGAACAACCCAGAAGCAGCCGUCAGGGAGGCCGCCAUUUACUGCUUCGGGGCUGUGAUGCGGUGCUACGGGGACCGUGCUGAGGUAGCAGCAGCAGCAGCAGCAGCAAACACUUUUAGGGUUUUGACGUCGCAGCUCUGCAGCAGCGGAUCCCGCAAGGCUGCUUUGGAUGCGCUGCUGAUGGUGCUGGAGUCGGCAGCUGCUCUCCCCCUAGCUGCUGCUGCUGCUGCUGCUGCUGAAUCUCCUGCUGCUGCUGCUGCUGCUGCUGCUGCUGCUGCUGGCAAUGGGGAGGCAGCAGAAGCUGAGCGGCUUGUGCUGCUGCUGGUUGAGGCAGCACAGCAGCAAGAGCAGCAGCAGCAGCAGCAGCAGCGUGCUGCAGCAGCAAAAUGUUUGCUGCUGCUGCUCCGUAGACACCCGAAGCUGCUGCUGCAGCAACAAAUUCAGUUGAUGGUUAUGAGGACUGCAGCAAAGCUGCUGCAGCGGGCUCAGCACAGAACGGCCCUUCCGGCCUUGCAGCUGCUGCUGCUGCUGCUGCAGGAGCAGCAGCAGCAGCAGCAGCAGCAGCAGCCUGGCUCUCCCCCCCUGCAGGACGGAACUGUGGAGCCACCACCAUCGCCUCUGCAGCAGCAGCAGCAGCAGGAGCAGCAGCAGGAGCAGCAGCAGGAGCAGCAGCAGCUGCUGCAGCAGUGUUUUUCUGCUGCUCUGUCUGUAAUCCGGCUUGAGCCCCUCAGCAGCAGUUUAUGUAGUUCUUUGUCUUUGUUUGUUGCUGCUGUUGCUGCUGCUGCUGCUGCUUCUCUCCCUCCUUUCUCUAUAUAUACAACGCAGCAGAUAAUAGAGCGUCUAUUGAUGGAGGCAAAGGCAGCAGCAACCGAAGACGCUCUUGCUGCUGCUGCUGCUGUUGCUGCGCAUCUGCUGCUGCAGCAGAACCCUCAAAGUGCUGCGGCUCAAACCCUCGACGAGCUCAAGCAGCAGCAGCAGCAACUGCUGCUGCUGCAGGAGCAGCAGAAACAGCAGCAGCAGCAGCAGGAGCAGCAGCAUUGGGAUCAGCAGCAGCUGCAGCAGCAGCAGCAGCAACAGCAGCAGCAGACGGACAUCAGUCUGCGGAGCUCAUUCCUUGCACUUACUCUCGCUGAGUGCAUUCGACGGCAUCCAUCUGCUGCUGUUGCUGCUGAAGCACUAACAUGCUGUCUGCUGCUGCUGGGCCAGGAGGUUGCUGCUGCUGCAGCAGCAGCAGCUGCUGCUGUUGCUCAGAAGGCAGCAGCAGCAGCAGCAGCAGCAGCAAGCAGCAUUCUUGCUGCUUGCUUGGAUGAAUGCAUGCCGCAGCUGCUGCUGCUGCUGCAGCAGCAACACAACAAGGUGCUGCAGGCAGAAGCAGAAGAGAAGGCCAUCGCCGAUCGCUGCAACGCGCAGCAGCAAGAACCUGCUGCUGCUUCUGCUGCUGCUGCUGCUGCUGUUGCUGCUGCUGGUGUAGGGGCUGCGGGUCAGCAGCAGCAGCAGGAGCAGCAGGAGCUGCAGCAGCAGCAACUUGUUGUUGCUAAGACAGAGAAAAAGAAACAAAGAGAGAAGGAGCUGCAGCUGCUGACGGUGCUGCGCGGCUCAGCAGCAGCAGCAGCAGCAGCAGCAGCAGCAGCAGGAGCAGCAGCUCCGGCAGCAGCAGCAGCAGAGACAGCAGCAGCGACAGCAGCAACGCUACCCUGCUGCUGCUAUAAAGCCUUGGAUUCCUCAGCAGCAGCCGCAACAGCAGCAGCAGCCGCAACAGCAGCAGCAGCCGCAACAGCAGCAGCAGCCGCAACAGCAGCAGCAGCAGCAGCAAGUGCAGCAACAGCAGCAGGAACUGCCAGACCCCCAAAGAGCAACAGCAGCAGCAGCAGCACCUGCUGCAGCAGCAGCAUGA